CGCGGCUGCCACACCGCCAAAAACCAUAUAAACAAUUUUUCCAUUUUGCAGUUUUGAAUGUCGAAAAAUCAAUCUAUGAACUAACGUAAAAUGAAAAGCGUCGCAUGGAUCAGCUGAGACAGAAACCGAGAAUACUUAACUUCAUUGAAAUCCGACAAGCAGGGAGUUGUGACCAAAAAAAACUAUACCUGCAGUCCGAUCAUCAAAACGUGUGAUAAUAAAAUCACUGAAAUAUCGCAAAAAUAUAGAACAAAUAAUGCGACAGCAUUCCGGAUUGAAGCGCUAAAGAAUUCGUGAUUUUCGAACGGCCAACUUUUCAGUGUCCCGGUGGCAGUCCCAUAAUCCGGUGAUGAAACCCACCCAAUCCGGAGGCAGUAGCUCCAAGAUGACCGAGCCCAUUGAGUAUGUGACGCUAAUUAGCGACGAUUCCGAUGGUGAGCCCUCGCCCAAAAGAAACGCAAAUCCCCCGCCGACGACAUUGUCAGUUCCCAAUCCUGGUCAGAAACAAAAGCACCCGGAUGAAGACUCCAAUGAUGCACCUGCCACCAGUGAUGAACGACGCACAAGUAGGCGCAAUCGACCAAAAGUGGAUUAUAGCAACCGGCCCAGUGGAAGUGGAGAAACCGCCUCCAAUGACAAGUCAGGAUCUGCCUCGAUGGGAUCAAACAACCAGCAGGCGGAGCGUCGCAGCCAAAACCAAAACCAAGCCCGCAAGUCAGAAGCCAAUGCCACUUCCGUUUCCGGUCCAAAUGCCGGAAAUUCCCGACCGUCCCAGAACGGAGAUUCCAAGGACCGGGAUGCCGGCACGCCCACAGUUUUGUCUGGCCAAGAGGGAGCCGUCUUUCAAUCUCGCCUGCCCUUUAACAAAAUGACGCCCAACGAGGAGGCCUGCUUUCCGGACAUCAGUCGCUCGGGCAUUCUGGGCCAUAGGGUAUUUCUCAACAUUCGUAACAGCCUGCUCCACAUGUGGGUGGACAAUCCCAAGGUCCAGCUAAGCUUUGAGAACGCUCUGAAGAACCUGCCGCCGCCAUUCGACAGCGAGCCCAGUUUGGUAAGGCGAGUACACUCGUUUCUGGAGCGUCAUGGCUUCAUUAACUUUGGCAUCUUUAAGCGACUUAAGCCCAUACCCACCAAAAAGCUGGGCAAAGUCAUAGUGAUCGGGGCAGGGAUCUCAGGCUUAGCAGUGGCACAUCAAUUGCAGCAGUUCGGCAUGGAUGUGAUCGUCUUGGAAGCGCGAGAUCGAGUAGGCGGACGGAUAGCCACGUUUCGCAAGAACAGCUAUAUUGCCGAUCUGGGAGCCAUGGUUGUUACCGGCGUCUAUGGCAAUCCCAUGACGAUCCUAAGCAAGCAGAUCGGUAUGGACCUAGUGCCCAUCCAGCAGACAUGUCCACUAUACGGCCCAGACGGCAAACCGGUACCCAAGGAAAAGGAUGAUGUGAUCGAGAGAGAAUUUAACCGACUGCUGGAAUCAGCCAGCUACCUGUCCCACCGCCUUGAUUUUAACUACGCCGGGAAUUGCCCAGUUUCGCUAGGUGAUGCUCUGGAGUGGAUAAUUAGUAUGCAAGAGAUGCAAGUAAUGCACAAACGAGCGCAGCACAUGCAGGAGAUCAUAGCUAUCCAAACGAAGAUCAUCGAACAUCGUCGUCAGCUGAAAACCGUUAAAGAAACCAUCGCCACGCUAAAGAAUGAGCACUUAACAAUGAUCAAGCAGCGAAAACCCAAAGGCGCGGAUAGCGAUCAAAGUUACGGACGCCAAGAGUUUAACAUACGGAACACCCAGAUCAAAAUGGAGGAAACGGUCAUAAUGUUUCACGAGGCCCAUGCCGCUGAAAAACAGAUGGAAGCCAAGCUCCAAGAACUGGAGCAAAACCGACCUAGCGAUGUGUAUCUCUCGUCCCGCGAUCGCCUAAUCUUGGACUGGCAUUUUGCCAACUUGGAGUUCGCUAACGCCACCCGACUGAAUAACCUAUCCCUGAAGCACUGGGAUCAGGACGAUGACUUUGAGUUCAUUGGCCACCACACAACUGUGCGGAACGGUUACUCAUGUGUGCCAGUAGCUCUUACUGAAAACCUGGACAUCCGCGUCAAUAGCGCUGUCAAGGAGAUUAAGUACGGCAGCAAAGGCGUGGAAGUGGUGGCGGAAAACAUGAAGACAUCCAAUUCGCAAAUGACGUACAAAGCUGACCUGGCCGUAUGCACACUUACUCUGGGCGUCCUCAAAGUGGCUGUAGCCCAUGAGGAGUCGCAGCAGAGUAACACAGUCAAAUUUGACCCACCGUUACCGGACUGGAAACAGCAGGCCAUCAAAAGGCUUGGAUUCGGAAAUCUCAAUAAGGUUGUUCUCUGCUUCGAUCGAAUCUUUUGGGAUCCCAACGCGAAUCUCUUCGGCCACGUUGGCAGCACGACAUCCAGCAGAGGCGAAAUGUUCCUGUUCUGGAGUAUAAGCUCAUCUCCGGUGCUGCUUGCGCUAGUCGCCGGAAUGGCAGCGAAUCUUGUGGAGAGUGUGACGGACGACAUAAUAAUCGGGCGCUGUAUGUCAGUGCUGAAAAACAUUUUCGGAAAUACCUCUGUUCCACAACCCAAAGAGACGGUGGUAACGCGCUGGCGCAGCGAUCCCUGGGCCCGUGGGUCGUACAGCUACGUCUCCGUGGGUUCUUCGGGUAGUGACUACGAUCUGCUGGCGGCACCGGUUAUUCCGCCGUCCAGUAAAGAUGGGGAGGGUUUGCCACGCCUAUUUUUCGCCGGCGAGCAUACGAUACGGAAUUAUCCGGCCACUGUGCAUGGAGCGUAUUUGAGCGGCUUGCGUGAGGCGGGACGAAUUGCGGAUUACUAUCUCGGCUAUCCAGAAGGAACUCCACCGGACAUUGGCUACUCGGUAGCUGAGGCGGCCAAUCUGGUGUCCGUGGGAAAUGUUGUUAAGCUACGCGACCUCUCACCCAACCUAUCUGACUCCCCGUCGUCAAAGAAGUCGGAGGACAAUUCAAACUCGAACACUGCCGACUCUACGGAGCUCCAGUAACAAUAGUAACAAUGUAAUUAGCUUGAUGGACUUGGGCCCCACCAAUUACUCCUAGAGCGUUUAGUUUUUGUAUCAUACAACUGGGGCUCGCUGUUUAAAACAAAGCUAUACCUAUGUAAAUACCUAAGACUAUUCCACUAAGCAUGGACCACUUUAGUUAUUAUUUAACCAAUUAUUUUAUUACAUUUAAUAUAUAAAUUAAGCGAAAAAAGCAAUAACACCGAACAUAGCAAAUCCUUUUCAGUGAAAACCUUUAGGCGUCUAUAAUUGAGCAACGAAUGAUCUAUCAUAACUUAUUGAACUUGUCUUCAUAAAAGCAUGUUGCCCGUCAAGAGGCACAUGCUACUUUUAAAUAGAUUUUUAAUCAUUAUUUUGUAUUUUGAAUUUGAAAAUAUGUACUAGCGCUGAUAUUUUUAAGUUAGGGUAUUUCAUUUUACUUUUCAACUUGAUAACACUUAAAAAACAUAAUUGUCUUAUUGUUAUUAAGAAAAAAUAUUAAGUAGAAAUAUGUGUUUCCAAAUUAAGACAUUUCAAUUUAGA